UGUUCUCCGGGCUCAACAUCGAUCUUUAUGAACGAUACAUCGCUGUUUAUAAACAUUUGCAUUCCUAGUCAUCUACGCAUAAAGUUGACAACGCUCAAAGCGCUUGGAAAGGAAUGUUAAGGAAACUAUUAUAUUGAAGUGAGUUAGUUGAUUGGUGUUCAAUAUGAAAUGCGAACUUUGCGACUCAGGCGAACGUGACGAAGUUCAAUAUGGCGAAUUUUUCAUUGAACACUGUAAAGCUGUGCAUAUGAAUUGUUUGCUAUUGUCUACUGGCUUGCAACGGAGGGGUUAUAAUGGUACUAACAUUAACGGUUUUUUACUUAGUGAUAUUGCAAAGCAACGUCAAUUGGCCUCUAAACACAAAUGUCAUUACUGCGACACAGGAGGGGCUAAUAUUGCUUGUUGGAGAGUAAAUUGCGAACGAUGGUUUCACCUGGUGUGUGGCGUUAAAAACGGAGCCCGAAAUCAAUUUGUCGCACCCUACCGUUCAUAUUGCAAUAGACAUAUAAAGAAGCCCACCUAUCGACCAAAGCCCAAUGAAAUCUGUUGUAUUUGCUAUGAAAAUUUGUUCACUGAAAUGAAUCGCUUUAAUGUGGUGGACAUGUUGCGUGCUCCUUGUUGCCGUAAUGGUUGGUUCCAUAAAUUCUGCUUACAGAAAUAUGCUCAAACAGCUGGCAAUUCAUGUAAAUGUCCGCUAUGCAACAACGUAGAGAUUUUUAGGAGCUGUUUGCCAUAUUGGGGCGUUGCUAUCUAUAACACCAUUCCUGAAUGGGAAUUGAGUUCCAGUGCGCCUGAGAAUGUUGACGAACGCCACAUAGUGUGUGGUGCCAUUACAUGCAUUAAUCAGUUGGGACGCAGUCACAAUAGUGCUUUAAAUCCAAUAAAUACUUGCAUUAUAUGCGAAUAUGUGUCGCAACAUUUUUUGUGUGCAAGAUAUCCAGAUUCGCCUUUUGUGUGUGACUUCUGUAUACAAGUUGGAAGGUAUACGCGUAAUGAUAGGAGUGAAGAACUCAUUUUAUAUGAAAAUGACAGUUAUAACAAUUCACAAGAAUCAACUGAUAGCACUAGCAAAGAUUUGCAUUGGUUCAUCUGGAUCGCUGACAAUGUGGUCUGUCACCCUUUUAUCGUACUGCGACGGCAAUGCCAAAUUUACAACGCUUCCAAGCGCUAUCAUUUACAGCCAUUUUCUUUGGUGCCGAUCAUAAUGCAAUUGUAUCGUCAAAAAGAUGUCAUCUCAUUUUGGAAUGGUUUGGGCGAAUGCCUGAUUUGCCGCUGCUUUUCGUGGGUAUUGGACAAGAUCUUCUACUUUUCCAUAGAAAAAGAUAACUUCUUCGGCUAUUUCUUCGUUAAGAGCAUUAACGUCGCAUUUAUGGUUUUUCCUAAUAUCGAGUGCUUGGUGGCUACCGUAGCCGGUACGGAUAAAUUGCCUAUUUCACAACGGUUGCUACCGUGGUUUUGCAUUUUUGUUCCUUGCCUGUGUAUGGAAAUCGCAAAAGAUAUAUUUGGAGAGCUCAUUAGAAAUCGGGUAUGGGCGAUUAUGCGAAAAUCAAAUCAACAGUUGUUUCAACGAGGAGACGAUGGAGUAGAAAAUCAAAAGGCGGAGAUUUGCACAAAUCUUAUCACGCGAAUUAUUACCGAAAUUGUAUUUUAUCCGUUUGAAACGGUUUUAAGUCGCAUUCAGAUACAAGGCACCAACAGCAUUAUAGAUAAUCUUGAUAAUGGUAAAACUAAAGUGCUUAUACAAAGUGAUUAUAAAGGGGCCGUCGAUUGUUGCCGAACUAUAGUAAAAAAUGAGGGCUUCUCUGGGCUUUACAAAGGAUUUGGUGCCUUAACUUUGCAGUUUGCUGCACAUAUUGUCAUCGUAAAGAUUGCGAACUGGAUUUUUUAAAAACCACGCUCAAUACAAAUGCGUUCUGUACAAACUAGAACCAUUAACUGACUACAAAUAUACAAUGGAUACGGCUUUUAAAACGAUAAUAAAUAAUAAAAAA